GUAAAAUUCAAAGCGCUUCACAACUCGCACAAGACCGCUUCAAGAAUUUAAAAAAAGAAAAAGAAAAAUUACUGUGUAAUUGUAUAGCUUCUAUAGAAUUCAAAAUAAAAUAUUUUUAGCAUUCUCAGCAGUUGUAUAUUCAUCGAUUCGAUUGCCUACCAACUACCAAAUUGCCCUAGGCGAGGUGUUUCUUGGUAAAAUGAAUGAGGAUGAUGAGAUUUUAGCUCAUUAUGGAUUAAAGAAUUUCCACCAAGAUUACUGGACAGAGAAAAGUGAUUCUGAACUGAGAGGUCAGCCAGCUGCGCUGUCAAGUCCUUUAGACUCAGCGCAUCAUGGACGCAAUCGGUCGGACGAUAUACUACAGAUGACAGGCUCAGGUUCGGAUCCUUAUUAUCCUAAUGGUAUUCAGGGAAACCCAAUAGCCCGUUCAGCAAUGAAAAGGAGUCAAACUAGUGCAAUGCCUUCCAUGGCUCUCCCAAUGAUGGAAACAAAUAGUUACGAUUUAGCAUCUCCAAAGUUGGGUCGAAGAUGGCCUUCCGCAACCCCUAGUAUGCAUACCAAAGCACAAAUGAAACAACCGUCGAAUGGUUCACGUCUGCUUCUAGAUUUGAAGGAGACGAAUUUUAACAAGUUUAUUGCAACAAAAGAGACUAUUGAUAAUGUCUAUGCACAGAUUGUAUCUACGCUUGGCGAACACGGUCAGUUAAAUACGAUGGAAAUAUGCGAGGAAAGCCUUAAUGAAGCAAUCAAAGAAUUUCACGGACUUAAUGACGAUUAUAUGAAACAAUUGGAUGUAGAUUAUGGAAAACUUCUUGUCUUACAGCAAUGUAAGGUUUUUUAUUCCCUUCCUGAAAAAUUCCAGCAAUUUUACGAACAGGAAAAUUACUCUAAAUUAUUACAUGAGUAUAAGAAAGCCAAAAAGCUGUACGAAAAAGAACAUGACCGAGCUUUACGAAAUAAUAAACCUUUGGCUACCCUAAUGGAGCAUGCUUGGCAUAUUGCCCAAUCGUCCCUCGAUAGUCUUGCUUCGCUCAUAUGGAAUCGUAUCCUACACACAGAAGGAGAUUUUUCUUACAUUAUCGAAUCGUUGGCGGAUUUACUAAAAAUCAAAUCAAACCCUAUAAGCGGUCGUGAUCCUGUUCUGUAUGCCAUGGUUAGCCAACAAAAGUACCUUUACACAUUCAUGAAGGAAAAGUUUGUCUAUUAUGAAUCUCUCAUUAGAAAUCGCCAAGAAGGAUCCGGAAAAAUCGCCUAUGCUCAAGCUUCUCCCAUGUUGGUUUGGAAAGCAGUGUCUAGGGGUGGUGAUUUGGACUAUGCUUUGAGGGGCAGACCGGAGGUAUUUGCGGGUAUGCAGUUGAUUGAAUGGGCCAGGGAUUGUGUCGGAGUGAUUACCCAAGAAAUAAAAGAAAUAGAGCUACUCACUACUGAGUUUUUGACCGGGAAAGUACAAAAAAAUUAUCCUGAAGACGCCAAACGAUACGGUCAUGACCCAAAGCAAAUGGGAGUAAUCAUAGAAAAGUUAAAUAGUCAACUCACGGAAUUGUUAUAUAGUUUCGUUGGCGAACGCGGAGAACGAUUAGAGUUAGACGGAGCAAAUGUCUUGAUUCAGUUGCACUACUUUCAACGAGUGGCUAAUUUACUUCCAAAAAAAGCUCGCUCCAUUUUCAGCAAGGCGGCAACACGUUCUCUCGUGGACACCUGGAUAAUACAACACGCAACUCGUGCUCAGGCACCGGAUAUUACUAGUGUGUUUACAUCAAAAGGCGCUGAUGGUCAGUAUUUGAAACCAGAACUUCUAAUUAUUGAUAUGUUGAAAGGUUUCGAAAACUUAUAUCAGGCUCCCCAACGUGAUGAGAUUAACAAGGAAAUCCAUGAAGCUUUUUAUAAGGUACUCUACACGGCAGCAUAUGUUCCAGCGAUUGAUACAUCGAGCUUUAGUUUGGUGGAAUGGGAUUCCAGUCUGGAUACUGCCAUCGACAGCUGUGUUGAAAAUGCGCGACAGGGGAAUGCCGAAGAAUUGGCCUUCAUUGCACAGACAAUGCGAGAGAAAUUCCCCGGUUUGUCAUUCUGUGUGCUUAAAGAGGACAUCUUUGAUAUGACAAGCCGCAUCUUUACGAUUAAAGAGCGUUUACCAUCUUUACAAACGUACCUUAUUCAUAGCUUCCCAUUGAAUCAGACAGCCCCUUCGCUCGAGCAAACAUUUCGUGAUUCCCUUGGCACUCUUAUGCAAUUAUACACAAUCAUUCUUUUACAGGAUAUUAUGUCUUCGCAAUGGCUGGCGAAACAGACACGCGUCUCUUCUAAUACAAACUUAAUUCAUGCGUUUACGUUUGAAUUAUGCACCUUGAUGGAACGUGUAUAUCUUGAGGUGAAGGAAGCGUUGCCUAUAAACGAAGCCCAUCGAUGGAUGUCUUUUGUAACAUCGAAUUUAACCAAGUUUUUCCUUGUGCAGUGUACAACAGUGGCACUUCAAGAUCUUCCUGUACUUAUUCAGAUUCUGCAAAAAUGUGUUUCUUCAUCCGUUAUGGCUAGAUUAUUAGAUAUACAAAAGAAUGUUGCAGUUUCUGAUCCAUCAGCAACCGAACAAAAACUUACGAAUUUACUAUCACGAUACAAAUUUCAAUUUCCAGAUAUGAGCUUUUCAUAAACAAAUUAAUAUAUUAUUACUUUACAAUCUUUCAGCAUA